AUCAUCGAGCGUGAGCAGCGGGAAUCCGGGAUAUCCAUGAAGCCGGCUUAUCCUUUCCCAGGAGCCAGCCGCUGUAAAGUAAACUUCGGCAGAAUGGAACCCUCGGAAGUACCGUAUGAACGAUACGUGGAUGAUGAAAACGAGCUGAACGAGCCUCGUGGUUGUGGAAACUCGUUAGCCUGUGAUCCACUUCGAUGGUUGCAUCGUUAUUUGAUGCUAUUUUUCAUCUGUUUUCUCUCAUUCGGAAGCUAUUUCUGUUACGACAAUCCAGCCGCAUUGCAAGAUGUGAUGAUUCGCGAUCUGGAUCUCACGGAGACACAAUUCAUGAACAUGUACGCGUUCUACUCAUGGCCGAAUGUGAUCUUGAGUUUUGUUGGCGGUUUCCUCAUUGAUCGGGUAUUCGGAAUCUCAUUGGGUGCGAUCAUUUUCUCCAUUUUUGUCCUCGCUGGCCAAAUCCUGUUCGGGGCGGGAGCGUUGGCUAACAGUAUUUGGUUGAUCUAUUUCGCCCGAUUCCUGUUCGGGAUCGGUGGGGAGUCGUUGGCCGUGGCUCAGAACACAUACACGACCGAGUGGUUUCCACCGACCGAAUUGAAUUUUGUAUUCGGUUUGCAGUUGAGUAUGGCUCGUGUUGGGUCCACUGUGAAUAUGGUCACCAUGCAAUUGCUCUAUCGGGCCGUGGGCGAUUCGUUUCAAAUACUGGGUCACAAACGUCUCGGAGCGGCUCUAUUAAUCGCAGCAGUAACAUGUCUCUAUUCCACACUGUGUGCAACGAUUCUGGCCUAUUUCACUCGAAGAGCCAAACGAAUCACCAAAAGGCAUCAGGAUCGCUUAGAUGCUGCUGCUGCUGCCGCUGCUGGGACAUCAUUAGACGAGUCAUCUCAACCGGACACACCUCGGCCGAUUUCGUUUCGCGAUAUCUUGCACUUUCCCGUGGCUAUUUGGCUGAUUUGUGUCAUUUGUGUGGCCUACUACGUGACCGUAUUCCCAUUUGUUAGUUUGGGCCUGGUCUUUUUCGAACGUGAGUCUUUUCUGUCCGACUGUCCAUGUGUGUGUCUUUGUUGGUUAUUUUUCUUCCGUGAAUCGCUCACUCAUGAGCAAAAAUAA